AUUGAGAAAGAAGAGGAUUGGAAGGCCGGGCGUAUAAAGCCGCGCAGAGAGCGUGAAACAAAGCAGUCGGCUCGGAAUUGGACUUGGGAGGCGCGGUGAGGAGUCAGGCUUAAAACUUGUUGGAGGGGAGUAACCAACCUCCUCCUCUCGCUCUCCUCCUCGUCUGCGCCGCGUUUCAGGGGUUGCCCAUCAGCCUUGUGAUUUAUUUUUAUAUCUGCUUUUUAUAAAGAGAGAAAUAUAUUUUCUUCUUAAGAGAAAAUUCCUGUUCCAAGAGAAAAUAAGGCAACAUCAAUGAAGGAGAGAAGAGCCAGCCAGAAAUUAUCCAGCAAAUCUAUCAUGGAUCCUAAUCAGAACGUGAAAUGCAAGAUAGUUGUGGUGGGAGACAGUCAGUGUGGAAAAACUGCGCUGCUCCAUGUCUUCGCCAAGGACUGCUUCCCCGAGAAUUAUGUUCCUACAGUGUUUGAGAAUUACACGGCCAGUUUUGAAAUCGACACACAAAGAAUAGAGUUGAGCCUGUGGGACACUUCGGGUUCUCCUUACUAUGACAAUGUCCGCCCCCUCUCUUACCCUGAUUCGGAUGCCGUGCUGAUUUGCUUUGACAUCAGUAGACCAGAGACCCUGGACAGCGUCCUCAAAAAGUGGAAAGGUGAAAUCCAGGAAUUUUGUCCAAAUACCAAAAUGCUCUUGGUCGGCUGCAAGUCUGAUCUGCGGACAGAUGUUAGUACAUUAGUAGAACUCUCCAAUCACAGGCAGACGCCAGUGUCCUAUGACCAGGGGGCAAAUAUGGCCAAACAGAUUGGAGCAGCUACUUAUAUCGAAUGCUCAGCUUUACAGUCGGAAAAUAGUGUCAGAGACAUUUUUCACGUUGCCACCUUGGCAUGUGUAAAUAAGACAAAUAAAAACGUUAAGCGGAACAAAUCACAGAGAGCCACAAAGCGGAUUUCACACAUGCCCAGCAGACCAGAACUCUCGGCAGUUGCUACGGACUUACGAAAGGACAAAGCGAAGAGCUGCACUGUGAUGUGAAUCUUUCAUUAUCUUUAAUGAGGACAAAGGAAUCUAGUGUAAAAAACAACAGCAAACAAAAAAGGUGAAGUCUAAAUGAAGUGCACAGCUAAAGUCAUGUAUACCAGAGGCUUUGGAGGCGUUUGAGAGGAUACUCAUCUUUUUGGAAUCCUGUCCUUAGAUUCGGCAUGUAGACCAAGUGGUGAGAAGUGAAUACAUGGAAGAGUUUUGAAGUGUGACUUGAAAAAUAUGCCAAAAAAUGGAGAUACAAAUGAGCUAGAGGAAGAUGAGGGGGGAUGCGAGUACCUCCAAGAAGAAAAAUCACACUCUGAAUGGUGCUUGCAUUUUUGUUGGUUUUUUUUUGUUUGUUUUUGUUUUUGUUACAAUCUAUUCAUGGAUCUCUACUUUGAUUUAAUUUUUAAAUGUUUUAAUCUCCUUUACAAAAAGUAUAUGUUAAUAUACUGUCCUCACUGGGGAACUGGCACUGUGACCUUAGCAUUUAGUUUUCUAGAGGAUGUGAUCUAAUUUCUUUCUAGCUCAUCAUUAAAAUGGAAAUUGUAUCAGGACCCAUGGGGAUAUAUCCAGAGGAAAACUUCAUGAGGCGUUGAAAUCUUGCCUUCCUGAAGAUAGCUGAGUAGAAUGGUUCUAAGGAAAGCCUUUGCAAUCUUGCAAGAUUUGUAGACCAGCACUACAAAGAUCGCAUAGAUCAAAUAGGAAAAAAAAAGUGUCGAUUUUUAUUCAGUCUGAUGGUUCUGUUCUUCAUUGUGAUUGUCAUUAAAAAGUGGUAAAUUGCUCAAUGUAAUAUUUUUGUGCGCUGUUUAGAAAAGAAGUUGUGUGAUUUUUUUGCCAUCGUUGAUAAAAAUGCAAAGUCAAAUAAAAGGUGUCUUGGUUUGACGUCAUAGAAUGAUCCAAGGAGAGAAAAAAGGUAGUUACUGUUUUCACCAGAAGAGGUAAUGAGUGAAGGAAAGAAUAGUAGCGGAAAGCACAGUUUGUGAGUAAAGCUGUCUGGAAUUAAGCUACCAAAAAUACAAAGCAAAAGGACUAUUAUUUUGGGUUGGAGCUCCAAAACUGGCAGCAUCUGAUGAUCUGUUGGUUUAUUUCACUUUCAUUAAAUGAACAUUGAUGAGAGAAGAACUCACUUACCCAAGCUUUAGAGAAUCCCUAGUGGAAGAUUAUAUAAUAGAGUUUCAGUCCUGACACAACACCAGGGCAUUUCUAGAGCAUGAUUGCUAAAACCUCACUAAGCAGACGCAGCCAAGGUCCAUGUUCAGCACUUGGUCGCUGUUGUUACGUAAAAUAAUAAGCAUUUAAAAGAGUUUACAGAUAUUUUUGACCAGUUCAUUUUAGAGAUUAUUUCAGA